AUGAAUGCUGGCCCAUCUUGGAAUAAAGUACAACGUCCAAAAAACCCUUCAGGAAAAAGGCAGAGUCAGUUCCAAGUGCCCCACGUGCCCUCCCAGCCUCCUGCGGAUGGACUCCAGGAAAGCGGUUCCCCAGAAGGAAAACCCGAAAGGAGCCCACUGGGCCCCCGGCGGCGGGGCGCCUCGGGGAAUGAGCUCUUUCUGGACCUGCCCUGCAUGAAAAUCCUGAAGGAGGGUGCGGGCGAGGACGAGGACAGCGCCAGCGACCUGUCGGACUCGGAGCGAGUGCCCGGGCCGCCGUCCUCGCGCGCGCCCCCGGAGCUGCACCUGCGCGCGGAGGAGAUCGACGCCGCGGACCCCGGUCCGGACCCCGACGCGGAGCCGCAGGGCAGCGCGCAGCCCGCCUACCAAUAUGCGGACUUCCUGCCCGCCCCGUUCAGCUCCUGGGACCUCCGUGACCUGGCUAUGCCGCCCGGCGCUGAGCCCAGGCCCGCAGCUCGGAGCGGCGCCGCAGGGCUGCUGGCCAGGUACAUCGACAGGCUGGUCCAGCUCGAGUGGCUGCAGAUACAGACCGUCCAGGGCGAGAAGGGGAAGGGCGCCAAAGCCAGGCCUCCCACCGCCCCCGGCUUGUCCACGUCUGGGACUCUGAAAAGCCCCGGCAGAAGCAAGCUAGGGGCCAGUGCCUCCGCCAGGCCUCCCCAGGAGGGGGCUUGCAAAUUGGGCGCUUCCGGCGCUUCCCGGAGGAAGGAGGUGCCCCGCGAGGAAGCCAGGCCCUCCUAUUACGCGUUUGACACGGCCCCCAAAACCCUCCACGUGCGACGGGGCAGCAGGCCGAGUUCUCGGAAGCCAGCCCUCGACGUGACGGCUGAGGAGCAGAGAAAGAAAGCGGGUAAGAGCCCCAGACUCCAGCGCUGGGACCUGCCCUGCCGUGAUGGCGGUGGCCCUGGAGCUCCCACGCAGGGGGUGACCGCUCGGGACUCCGCCGACCCCGGUGGGCCCCCCAGGCCGCAGGCACACGCGGGCCUGCAGAAGAAGGGCGGUGCGAGCAGGUGCGCCCACGCCACCAUAUCCAGCGAGAAGAAACCCAAAGCCAAUGGAGUAAAGCAAAGCACAUGCAAAUUCAAGUAA